AUCAAGUCAGAUUGUUGUUAUAGUCAUCGAUGUUGUGGAAGAGUCAUCGCUACCAGUCUAGCGUUGUUAAAAUCCACGAUUACAGCAGCAACGGCUGGUAAUAUAUACUAAAAUCAGCAGGAGGGAUGGAAGUGAUUGAGUCGAUAGUUACGGACGGGAUUGAGGUGGAAGAGUCAACAGCCACGGUUUCGACGCUGGACUCGGAAAAGUCGAAAACAGAGUUUGUCUGGACCUUGCAAGCCACAUGGCACCUGGUUCAUGUUCGUCUGGACAUGGACCACGAGUUUGACCAGCCCGUAUGCAAAAAGAAGAAGCUGUGGGAGACGGUGGCUGAGAGAGUGACCGCCAGGUUAAGAGCAGAGGGCUACCAGGACGUUGCAGUGAAGGCUUUCGAAUGUGACCUCAAGUGGAGAAACAUGCUGGCAACCUACAGGAAAAACGCCGAACGGGCCAAGCGGCUCGGAGCCCACAGCGUGCACUGGGAGUUCUUCAAGACCAUGCAUGAGGUUCUGGGCCGGAGCUACGAGGAGAUCGAGGCUCAGCGCAGAGCCAAGCUGAGCGGCACCAAGGUGGGGAAAGCCAUGGCCAGUAAACGCUACACACCGAUAUUACCCACACCUACUCUCACAGCCACAGCAGUCCCUCCUAGCAGACCCCCUCAGGAUGUCCUGCAGUUGUAUCUGGAGCUGCAGGAGAGGAAGCUGAACAUGUGGGCCCAGCAGAAGGCUCUGGAGGAGAGGAAGAUCGAGGCCAUUAAUAAUCUGGCCAGAGCCAUCAGCAGCCUGGCGCAGGACAGUACUGGUGCAGGACAGAUGUCCAAAGAGCCCACAGUCUCCGACCCUCUGUCUUCACUUUCCUCUCAACAUUAAAGGACCCAUAGUCUACCUUUUUCUUGUAUUUUAUUUUUUCCUCCCUGAGCUCCACUUUUGACAUUCGUGUGGUUUUGUGUACUAAAAACAGUCAUAAUUCAUUUUCCCACCUUCUCUUUAUCCCUUUCGUAAAUGACCUCUUCUCUGAUUGGUUCCCCUGCAUUGUGCUGCAGAACUGAAAUACUCCUUGUAACUUAAGCGUGAAUGGGCAGGGCUAAACUGCUGUAGGCUGAAUAAGCAGAUCAAUAUAAACUAGUUGAUUUUUUUGGUGACAUCACAAAAACAGUGAACUCAACAUUAAACUUUUAACAGUGUUUACGUGCUACAUCAAAGUCCUAUUUUUAUUCAUUUUAAAGUUAUAAAAUCGAGAAGCUAGAAAAAAAAACAAAACAUAUACAUAUAUAAGCCUUUCUCCAUUUGAAAAUAGCCUGACAGCUUUAUUCAAACAAUAGUAUAUCAUUUAAUGAAUAUGAUUAUAAUAAUGAUUACAAUUGAUUUGAACUAGGGAUGCCAAUAUUAUUAUUACCGUAUUAAAUAUACUCAACCUAAGAACCCAGUUCUGAUUAAACUGAGGCACUGACAACUGUAUGUUAAUGAUUAUAUGAUCAAACACUAAACAGGUGUUGACUGCAAUACACAAUGAUGGGCUGCUGAAAGUUCUGCAUUAUAAAGUUCUAAAGUAAUAUUUAUGCCAUGAUUAGGUUUAGUUUAGUCUCACUGUACCUCAGUAGCUCUUCAGAGUCAUCUCCAUCCAUCAUAUCCUUCUCCGAUUUCACAGCGCCAUGCAUCACGUGUUCUCUCAGAGGACGUGGAUGAAAUUAUUGUCCUAUCAUCCUCUCAAACCAUUAUUUUUAGAUGCACGCUUCAUUUUUUAAUAGGCCCAGUGGAAUCAGUUGCACCCUCAUGCAAACAAACUGUUGUUUUAUUGGAAAUUGAAUACAUUUAACUUAACAUUUUUGGUUAGACAGUUGUUUAUUUGUUGGUUAAUCAUUUACAUCCCUAAUUAUAACAUCGCAAAAUCAUUACCGUGGCCUACAGAUCAACAAAUUAUGAUGCAUCAGUGCAUAUUAACACCCCUGGAAUGCAUCCUGCUGCAUCAGCCAGGGUCGUCCAGAUGCAGUACGUUUAGAGCUGGGAUUUCCGCUGCCCUGCAGAAACAGCAGAUUCUCAUCUCGUAUAAAUCAUCAAGCUAAUUAUUAAUGCUUAAUUGGCUGAGUUAAAUGUGUUAAAGCAGGAAAACCAAUUUUCCUGCUGUACUUAUUCUGGUAUUAGCCUUAUUCUUAUAUUCUGGUAGUUCUACGAAAUUUAAUGGCAACAUUUUUCUCUGUGUUUCCACUGUUUUACAUAAUCCUCCCCAAAGUGUAAUACUGUUUCAUAUUUCUUCAACCCAUUUGUCUCAAAAAAGCACCUGUAUUAGUCAUCUGAUAAUGUUAGAACAUAAUUCAUCCUCAUGAUUCAGUUUAUCAUCAGUAUAUCUGGAUGUCAGGAGUGUGUGGCACGAGUUUGACUCGACUGUUGAUAAGAGGUUGUAAAUGUGUGACCUGUAAAUGAUUUUUUUUAUUAAA